AUGGGCAAUGCUCUGAUCGAUGCCCUAGAGCAAGCUAGUAGUAAAUCCUCUGGCGAGGAAGGCGAGUCGCUAUCAUCUUUUCUAGCCUCGCUAGCGACCAGUAUUGUCAUCUUUGCCGUUGAAUUCUUUGUCUUCUUGGCGCUUAAAGACAAAUUGACCCGCAUCUAUCAACCGCGAACUUACUUGGUUUCGGAUAGGGAACGGACAGCCCCAUCGCCGCCGGGUAUUUUCCGCUGGAUUGCGCCGGUGUUCCAAACAUCCGACGCCGAACUCAUUCAGCGAAGUGGCCUCGACGCAUAUUUCUUCUUGCGGUAUCUACGGAUGCUGUUGAAGAUCUUUGUCCCGUUGGCGCUUUUAUUAAUUCCGGUCUUGAUCCCGGUUAAUUAUGCGGGUGGAAAGGGGACUACAUUGAUCGAUGUCAGUACCAAUAGUACAGCCCGGUAUACUGUGACUGGCCUAGACAAGCUGGCAUGGGGGAACAUUAAACCCACACAAACACACCGGUACUGGGCCCAUCUAAUAUUGGCGAUAAUCGCUAUCAUUUAUAUCUGCUUCACUUUUUUCUACGAGUUACGAGUUUAUAUUCGCAUGCGACAGGCGUAUAUGACCUCACCGCAACACCGACUACGUGCUUCCGCUACCACCUUAUUAGUCACGGCCAUUCCACAAGAAUGGCUUAGUUAUGACGCGUUGAAUGGCCUGUUUGAUGUGUUUCCGGGUGGAGUGAGGAAUAUAUGGGUGAAUCGGAACUUCGACGAACUGAACGACAAGGUAAAAAGACGUCGCAAGGUGGCUUUGAAGUUAGAGGCCGCAGAGACCUCCUUAGUCCGCAAAUGCAAGGAAGCCCAAGUCAAAAAACUCGAGACGGAGAGGAAAAAGGAGAAAAAGCAGACCAAGGGAAACGCCAGUGCCCAGGACCAAGAACAGCAAACAGUUCCUGAGAAGAGCUCUCCGCAAACACUCAUGGGCCCUGGUGUGAGUUCGGGAAAUCCUCAUCAGGCCCAUACACUUGCGGAAGUUCUCCAUCGACAGCCUGAAGAGAACCAGCGCCAUGGAACUUUAAAUCGUGUCCCGCAUAAGGUGUUCGACCCGGCGAAAGCAGCCGCUGGGGCUGUUACUCAGGGUGUCGGAGCUGUUACUCAGGGUGUUGGGAAGCUAGGAAAAAGCGUUCUGGGUGGUCUGAGGAAGGUUGAGGACGUUAUUGAGCAUAAGCCUACCCAGACUGGUGGAAAUGUUGACAAUCCUGCCAGCGAACGAACAAAUGACCAGACAAUUCCCACGUAUUGCGGUCCUGAUGAGCAAUCCCAUCUCCCUAGGAGCUCAGAUCAAGGAAGCAUUCUUCAGGACAAACUUGAAGAGGAAGGAGAAAAGAACCAACAGCAAAGCCACCCAGAUGAGCUAAUAAAUACGGAAAGCGAUGGGCCGUAUCCGAUUGCUUAUAAUGAAGGCUAUGAGGAUACAGAGCAGGGAGAGCCUCUGUGGAAGAAAUAUAUCGAGCCUAAAGACCGGGAUACAUGGCGACUUCCUUGGUUCAAAUGGAACCCAUGGCCAACAAUCUGGCUCAUCGGAAAAAAGGUUGAUACCAUCGACUACUGCCGAAAAGAGCUUGCCCGUCUUAAUAUGGAGAUUGAAACUGAUCAAGAACAUCCUGAACGAUUUCCCUUAAUGAACUCGGCUUUUAUUCAAUUCAAUCACCAAGUUGCUGCGCAUAUGGCUUGCCAGUCCGUCACUCAUUAUUUGCCGAAGCACAUGGCACCACGAAUCGUCGAAAUUUCGCCUGAUGAUGUUAUCUGGGAUAAUAUGUCCUUAAAAUGGUGGGAGCGAUACUUGAGAACCUUUGCUGUCGUUACUGUGAUCUGCGCUAUGAUUGUUACAUGGGCAAUCCCAGUUGCUUUCACAGGUCUCUUAUCACAGCUCUCCUAUCUUGAAGAUACCUUUUACUGGCUGGCAUGGCUCGGCAAGCUACCGAGUUGGCUAAUAUCCGCGAUUCAAGGUAUUCUACCCACAGCAUUCCUAGCCAUCUUGAUGGCGAUCCUUCCUGCUAUUCUUCGAUUUUUGAGCAAACAACAAGGUGUCUUUAAUGGAAUGGGAGUUGAGAUGACUGUCCAAAGCUAUUUUUUUGCCUUCUUGUUUGUACAAAUCUUUGUUGUUGUCACCAUCUCCUCAAGUCUUGCGUCGAUUCUCCAGGGCGCUGGAGACGUGUCCAGCUGGCCAAAACUAUUGGCCAGUGAUGUUCCCAAGGCUAGCAACUAUUUCUUCUCCUAUAUGUUGCUACGGGCUAUGUCCGUGAGUGCGGGUGCAUUGAUGCAAGUCGUUAGCCUUAUAAAGUGGUUUAUUCUUGGUCCAAUUCUGGAUAAUACCGCUAGGUCCAAGUGGAAUAGGACGACGAACUUGAUACAUGUGAAAUGGGGGUCCUUUUUCCCUAUCUAUACGACACUGGCUGCAGUUGGGAUGAUCUAUUGUAUUGUUGCUCCAUUGAUCCUGAUCUUCAAUAUUAUCACCUUUAGCGCCUUCUGGUUUACAUAUCGCUAUCGCACCCUUUACGUCGCCAAAUUUCGGUUUGAUACUGGAGGCCUGCUCUUUCCCCGGGCUAUUAAUCAGCUGUUUACUGGUCUCUACGUUAUGGAGAUUGCAUUGAUUGUAUUAUUCUUCCUCGUUCGAGAUGCCGAUGAUAAGGUUUCAUGCAAGGGCCAGGCUAUCAUUAUGAUCUUUGUUUUGGUAAUGACUAUUGGCUAUCAAUUCCUCCUCAGUGAGGCUUUCGGUCCUUUAAUUAGGUAUCUACCGGUCGCACUGGAGAAUGAGGCCAUUAAACAGGACGAAGAAUUCCAUCGUGCCCAGGCUGCUCGGUUAACGGCCGCUAUUGACGAGAGUGAUGAUGAGAAUGACGAUGAUCAUACGGACGAUGAUUUCGCCCAUAAUGACAUCAACAAGCCUCACCAAGAGAAAGAUAUUGAACUCGAAGAUCUCGGAACAGGUGACGAAACUCAUAACGACCCAUCCAAGACAUUGGGCAUCAGGCCCCGCGGCUGGACAGCAGCAUGGCAUCCAAAUCCCAUUCGGGUGAACUCAGCAACCCCUUCAUCCGUCGUGAGCUCCUUGCGCGGAAGGAUGGCCCAGGAUACCGAGAGCCAAGAACAUUUCCCACACAACAUGGGCAAUCUCUUCUCGGGUGUCAAUGAUGAAUUGGAAGAUCUGACACCGAAGGAACGCGAUGAAUUGGUACAACGCGCCUUCCAGCACGAGGCUCUUCGCGCUAAACGCCCAGUCGUUUGGAUACCGCGCGAUGAUCUCGGAGUCAGUGAUGACGAAAUCUACCGAACGCAGCAAUUCAGCAAGCAUAUUUGGGUUAGUAACGAAUAUCAAACUCUGGAUGAGAAGGGCAAAACUAUUUUCAGUCGGCGACCGCCAGAUUUUUCUGAUCUUGAACUGAUUCAACUUUGA